CACGUGAUGGAGGCGCACCAUGGCUGCCCCGACCAAAUAUGCAAAUCGCCGAGUCAGUGACAUUUCCCCUUGAACUGGGACUCGCUCAAGUUUCAUUUGUAUGAACUAGGGCUAGAAGUGAAGUGCAUGCGUGCGCGAGGACCGUUGUUUAUGCAAAUGACAUACGGCAUCUACCUAAAAGAGUAACGGAGGCGGGGAACGUGAGUAGAAGUGGGGAAGAUGAUGGCCGAUGAAGUUAAUGAAAACAGCCCAGAUCAGCUGACCUCCUUGACCUUACCUUCUGAAAAGAAGCCAUAUAAACCAAUAGUUUUAGAAAAAAUCCAGAAAGAGGAUGAAGACCUAAAAUCUGCAAUUAUCAAGAAGCUACGUUUGUUCUGUGCAUGUAGUCCAGUGAAAACAAAAAAAGCAGUUUUUGAUUUUUUUCCAAUUUUAAAUUGGCUGCCCCACUAUGAAUUGAAGAAGUGGCUUUUGGGAGACAUAAUGUCAGGGCUUAUUGUGGGCAUCCUUCUGGUACCCCAGUCUAUUGCUUACUCACUUUUGGCGGGGCAGGACCCCAUCUACGGUCUGUACACUUCUUUCUUCUCCUGCAUUAUUUAUGCUGUACUGGGUACAUCACGUCAUGUUUCAGUUGGAAUAUUUGGAGUACUGUCUCUUCUUAUUGGGCAAGUUGUGGACAGAGAACUGCAAAAUGUUGACUUUUUCAUACAGAAAUCUGUAAACCAGACCGGAAUCAGUAAAGACAGCAACUACAAUGUAACUUGUGACCGAGGAUGCUAUGCUAUUGUAGUGGGCUCCACUGUAACGUUUAUGGCAGGAGUUUAUCAGAUUUUAAUGGGCCUCUUUCAAAUUGGGUUUGUCUCAGUUUACCUGUCAGAUGCUCUUCUGAGUGGUUUUGCAACUGGAGCCUCUCUAACUAUUCUUACCUCUCAAAUUAAAUAUCUUCUGGGACUUAGACUGCCAAGGGCAAAUGGCAUAGGCUCACUCAUUCGCACUUGGAUCUAUCUAUUCCAGAACUUGCAUGACACUAACCUAUGUGAUCUCAUCACCAGUCUGCUCUGUUUGCUGGUGCUAGUGCCAACCAAAGAAUUAAAUGAACACUUCAAGUCAAAGAUGAAAGUGCCUUUUCCAAUGGAACUACUUGUAGUCAUUGUCGCAACCUUGGCAUCUCAUUUCGGACAUUUCAAAGAUCGUUUUGGUUCAAGUGUGGCUGAAACUAUUCCAACAGGAUUCCUCCCUCCACAGAUGCCUAACUGGUCACUAAUACCAAAUAUUGCCCUGGAUGCUCUUUCAAUCGCAAUCAUUGGCUUUGCUAUUACAGUAUCACUUUCUGAGAUGUUUGCAAAAAAACAUGGUUAUACCGUAGAUGCAAAUCAAGAGAUGUAUGCCAUUGGAUUCUGUAAUAUCAUUCCUGCCUUCUUCCAUUGCUUCACUACCAGUGCUGCUCUUACCAAGACCUUAGUCAAAGAGUCCACAGGGUGCCAUUCCCAGCUUUCUGGACUAGUCACAGCCUUGGUCCUGCUCUUAGUUUUGCUUGUUAUUGCCCCUGUGUUCUAUUCUUUGCAGAAGUGUGUCUUAGCAGUUAUCAUCAUUGUUAACCUCAGAGGAGCACUUCGUAAGUUUGGGGAGCUGCCUCAGAUGUGGAGGGUGAAUCGCAUUGACGCAAUUAUUUGGUUAGUUACAAUGUCUACUUCAGCAUUCCUCAAUACAGAGCUUGGUCUUCUUAUUGGUGUUGUGUUUUCUGCACUAUGUGUUCUGGUGCGUACACAGGUGGCAAGGGCUGUUCAGCUGGGGCGUGCAGGUGAUCUUGAGCUUUACGAAGAUUUGAAUUCUUACAACUCAUUGCAUGUUGAAUCUGGCAUCUUCAUUAUGCGUUUUGAGGCACCUGUCUAUUAUGCUAACCAGUCUCUUUUUAAAAAAGCUGUGUAUCGCUGUACUGGAUUUGAGCCUGGCAAAGAAACAAUCCUCAGGAAAAAGCAACAGAAGGCAAAAGUAAAAAAACAUGUAGAAACUAACAUUGCUGUUGAAAAUGACCAUGAAAUAGCUACAGCAGUUCAGCAAUUUAUGCCUGAGGAACCCCACUUAAACACCCUGAUUAUAGACUGUGCCCCUAUGUUUUUUCUAGACACCACUGGAGUAAAUGCUUUAAAAGAGUUGUAUGUGGAUUAUAAAAAUUUUGGAGUUCAAGUACUUUUAGCCCAAUGCAAUAGCUCAGUCUUGGAUUCUCUUCGCAGAGGUGGCUACCUACAACAAAAGGGGCAGGAAUUUACAGAGCGUGUGUUUUUUACUAUCGGUGAAGCAGUAAGGUUUGCUAAAACCUUGCAUAUGGAGAACGGAGUAAAUGAAACUCUCAGCUCUUGCUGACACUCAUCAAUGAACAAUAACAAAAUGAUCAAAUAUUUUAUUUAUAUUUGCACUCUUAUACACUUUAUAUUCUUUGCAAAUGAUUUAUUGUUAAAACUGUGCCUUAUUUAAUACAGUUCUAUAUUUAUACACUGAAGUUCAACAGUAUUGCUAUUCUGUGUGUAUUAUGAUAUAGAAAAAAAAUUGAAGAAAGUUCUAUGCUGCUUUGUAUAUGAAUGUUUAUAUUACCACCUGGUCUUCAUUCUGGUUUGUUUGCCUGAAUGGGGACAGGGUUUGCCUUUAAGGAAAUAUUAUGCAAGAUGUUUUCAGAAAGCCUGAGAACUUUGUGUAGCAGAACUCCAAAUUAUAUUAGGAAGUAUUAAGGUUUCAUCUAACCUGGGUUCUAUGGGUUAAAGCCAUAUUAAUGAAAACCUAUCAAUAUAGAGAAAUUACAAUAUUUUUUUGCAGCUCUAAAACAUAUAUAGAAAGCACUUAGCAAUAAAAUCAUGUUUGGUACUUAUGUAAGUACAGUGGAACCUCGGUUUGCGAGCAUAAUUCGUUCCAGAAAUGUGCUCGCAGUCCAAAGCACUCGUAUAUCAAAGUGAAUUUCCCCAUAAGAAAUAAUGGAAACUCAGAUGAUUCGUUCCACAACCCAAAACUAUUCAUAUAAAAAUGAUUAAUACAAAAUGUAAAGUAAAAAUACAUAAAACAAAUUAACUUGCACUUUACCUUUGAAAAGAAUCAUGGCUGGUGUGAGUGAGUUUCUAAACUCUUGUGGGAUUCCACCCAAAGGGAUGACACGCGGAAGAGCGUCCCAAAGCAAUCGCAGUCUCCCAGCGCUGUAGCAGUUCUCCGUAAAAGCGAAUCCGAAAAGAUUGCAGACAUGCUAAAAGCGCCUGCCGUCGAUGGGUGAUACAAGGAACAUUAUAAUUGCGCAGUGUCUGUGUAUAGGAGAGUGGCAGAUCUCGCUACAAUAAAUAACCACGCUGUUCUGUUUCAAGCUGAAUAAUGCUGGUGUCGCUAAAGUACUGAGACUCAGCUUCGUGUUUUGGGGUGCAAGAUGGGGACUCGCACGUCACAGCACACACACGCACGAGCACACACACACAAUGCUGUAGUAAGCAGUAUACGCUCGUACGGAUGUUGACUAUAUGAGUGAGGCACGCCGACUCAGACGGAGAAUAGGAGACAAUUGCCCACAAUCCUGCCGAGAAAGAGAAGAACCAUCAGCUCAGUUGUGAUCACAUGAAGUUCAGCAGACAAAGCAUAUACAUACUACUCGUAUUGCAAGACCUCGCUCGUUUAUCAAGUCAAAAUUUAUAAAAAAUUUUAGCUCGUCUUGCAAAACACUCGUAAACCAAGUUACUCGCAAACCAAGGUUCCACUGUAUACACUUCACAAUAUGUAACUUGGUUUAAAUUGUUGGCAUAAAAUUUGAGUUUUAAAUUAGCACAUAAAUAAGUUCUUCAGAGUACUGAACACAAAGUUUAAUUGUUAUGGAUGGUUAAAUGAUUAUAGCCAGUGCCCUAGAUAGAUAAAGUGUCAUGAAAAGGUAUUUACCCCUUUCUGAUUUCUUUUAUUAUUGCAGAUUUUUAAACUGAAUGUUUUCAAGUGUUCAGCUACAAUGUGAUUUUAGAAACAAGAGACCCGAGUGAACAGAUAACAUGUUUUGUUUUCCUUAUGUUAUUUAUUGAAUGAAUGAAGGUAUCCAACUCCAUAUGGCAGUGUGUUAAAAAAAUAUUGGUAUCACCUACAACGUAAGAUCUGGAUGUUCCAACAUCAUAGAAGGAUCCAGACACUUUUUGUAAUUCAAUGUCAGCUUUGCACAUGGAUUACUGGAAAUUAUGAUGAAAAAUGUUCUAAUGUAGUGCAGAAUACACAGUUCUUCGCUUAUAGAAAGUUAUACAGAUCCUUGGGAAGCAAAGCAUUCCAAUACUAUCACAUCUCCUUGCCCAUGUUUGACUGUUGGCGUUAUGAUCUAGAGUUUUUUUUUAUGUUUUUUAAAGAGUACAAUAUGGUGAGGACACCAAAAAGAAGCUAGGUAGCAGGCCAGAAACCUAACUAGUCUGCCCAGCAGAACUAACCUUAACUUCUGCCAGGCUCCAAGGCAACCUGAUGGCUUCAGUUGGAGCAUGCCCAAUGAGGAGCUGGCAAAACUACUAUAAUAACUUCAGAAAAGAUCACAAAAGCCCUACAAGUGGAAGGAUGACUGUGAAUGUUUGGCUUGUUAUUAAAGGGCAAAUAAAAAAUUUUAUAAGCAUUUUUUUAUAAUAUAUAAAUACUUUUAGCAAAUAAGACCUCAAAAAAGCACAGACGGACUUGCCUAUGAAUCAGCAAUCCAGAAGUAAACAGUGUCCCAAUAUAAUCUGAUAGAGAGCUCAAAAAACAGAGCACAGAAGGCAAAAAUCCAGUAAUUCAAAAUAAGAAAUAGCGAUAACACAAAGAGCCCAUGUUGAAGACCCAAAAAGCUCAACAGAAUCAAGGAGGACAUGUAUUGACUCAGAUGACGCCGUAGAUCGGAAGAAGUAGUGGAAAGCAUCAAAAGCAGUGGACCCUGUGUUAGCAAGGGACAAAUGCUAGGAAAGAGAGGGUAACACAAAGAGCCCUGACCAACACUUCACAAUGUAUGCAAUUAAACUACUUGUCUCCAAAGCCUUUAUAAGGCUGGAGACAGUUCUUAGAUCGAGAUACAUAGGUGGUCCUGCCUCUUGGGGAACCACCCACAAAACACAAAGAACAUAACAGAUUCUUCCACAAAGAAACAAAAUCACAUUAAACUGAAAUAUUAUAAACAUAAAAUAAAUAACUAUCAUGAACAUAUAAAAACACUCUACAUUAAACAGAAAACACAUAGAAAGAAGCAUAAACAAAAUACAGAAAAUGAACUAGUGAUGAACAUGAACUGGAGAUUAUGGCACAGGUUUAGAAUUGGCUUUGCAGGUUUUUGCUUGCUGAUAGGUACCUACAGUUUUUUUUUAAUCUCUUUAGGAAGUUCCUUUGUUCUUGGUAUUAUGAACUUGUUGUUUCUCAGUGCUAGCAACUUAACUAUGAUGGUAAAGGUCAAAAUAAGUGAAGUUUAAUAAGCAUAUCUACCCCGCCUUAUUAAGUCAGCCGACUCUAAUUAACCUGUAAAUUUAGUAGAUUUAACUGGGGGGCAGUUACUUACAGAUCCAGUCAGUGCUUGAUAACCUUUUUCAUUAGAUAAAUACAUUUUAUUUAUGCAAUAAGAUUCUGUUUUUCUAAUAUUAGAAUUUGGUUGAAGACUUCAUAACAGUCGUCAAAAAUAUCAAAAUAAACAAAAUCAGGGAGGGAUCAAAUAUUAAUUUCUGGCAAUAUAUUUGAAAUAUCACAGAUAAUGGAAUUCUGUGAGUUUAGUUUAUAAGUAUUGCUUCAACUAAGUGCCUUAUUUCAUUGCUUAUUUAAAUAGGAUGGGUAGUAUUAAUUGAACACUGAUUACAGUACUACUGUGUAUUAUUCUUGGAAAAAUAAGUGAGGGGAAAAACAAAACAAAAAAGCAAGAUUUCAUCUUGUCAUGUGUUUUUGAUGUAUACUUAUACUGUUUAAAUAGAUAUAAAAAGAGAAAUACAUGUUCUUUAUAUAUGCACAAUAAAGUUUUUUCAAACAGUGA